AUCUCUGCACCAUGGCGGAUUCACCUGUUUCCCACACUGACGUGCUCAUCAUCGGCGCUGGUCCAGCCGGACUGGCAGCCGCGUACUGGAUGGCACGCUGCGGGAUCAAAGCCCGCGUAAUUGACAAGCGCACUAGAAAGGUCAUGCUGGGCCAUGCCGAUGGACUGCGGACGAGGACUCUUGAGCUAUUUGACAGCAUAGGGUUCCAGCAUAAGGUCUUGCACGAAGCGCAAAGCCUCGCACAUUACGCCUUUUGGCGAUCCGACGGCAAUGGAGGGUUACACCGGCACGGUGGUAAUAGACAGUAUGACCUUCUCAGCGACUCACCCUAUUACCCCAUGGGACUGAGCCAGGCGCGGAUCGAACGCUUCUUCCUGGAUACUAUCAGAGAAUGUUCCGAUAUUGACGUCGAGAGGAGCAUCGUCGCGGAAUCACUAUCCUACACCGAUGAUGUAGAGAUUGAUGAAUUCGAUGCGUAUCCUAUAACCGUCAAAUUGAGGGCGCUCACCGAGGAGGAAGCAAACGCCGGUUUGCCUUACGGCGACCUGAGAGCCAUUGGCCGUAGCGACGUGCCGCAAGAUGAGUGGAACGAUCUCAACCCCAAGAAGACCAAAAGCCCAGGAGAGACAGAGACACUCAAGGCCAAAUUUAUCAUUGGAAGUGACGGAGCACACAGUUGGACUAGAAAGCAGUUGAACAUCCCUCUAGAAGGCUCUACAACUGAGGCUUUAUGGGGUGUCAUGGAUGUGAUCCCCAUCACAGAUUUCCCGGACAUCCGCCGUGGUGGGUUCGUGGCGACCGAAGCUGGGACCAUCCUGUUUGUUUCCAGGGAACGGCAGCUGACUCGUUUCUACGUCUCGCUGAAGGAUGUAGACGAAGGGGCAGGUAAUAAGGAGCGGUCCUCGGUCACGCUCGACAUGAUUAGCAAGAGGGUGCAGGAGAUCUUUAGCCCCUUCCAGUUCAGUUACGAGAUCUGUGACUGGUGGACGGCGUAUCAGGUUGGUCAGAGACUGGCGCCGACAUUCAGCCGUGGCCGUCGUAUGCACCUGGCCGGAGACGCCGUCCACACCCAUUCGCCCAAGAUAGGACUCGGGAUGAACACAUCCAUCCAGGAUGGCUUCAACAUCGGCUGGAAGAUAGCCCUUGUUCUGAAGGGAAUUGCUCACCCGUCGAUAAUCGACACGUACGACCUGGAGCGCCACCGCGUCGCCCAGGAGGUCCUCCACUAUGACCGUAACUUCUUCGCGCACUUCCAGGAAGACCCACCACCUGAGACUGGUCCCUCGCCGUGCUUUGAGAACAAAGCCGAGACCAUGAGAAAUGUUCUAGAGUCAUUCGAGCUCUUCGCUGAGGGCUACAAGUCCUUUUACCAGGCGAGCCCACUGGUGCUCAAAGAGGCAACCGGCGUCGCCAAACAUCUUGACCCAGGUGAAAGAUUGCCCCUGGUCAAGAUCCGCAACCAAGCCGACGGUGCCUCGGAGUGGACCUCGCGCAUACUCAAAAGCGACGGACGGUUCCGCAUUUUGCUCCUCGCGGGAGACAUGCUAGACGAGAGCCAGAAGCAGCGCGUGGUGACAUUUAGCGAGUAUCUGGCCUCCCCGGGCUCCAUCCUCCAGCGCUUUACCCCCAAGGGCCACAAGCUAGACACCGUCAUCGAGGUGAUGACCAUUCAUAGUCUCACGGUCGAUGACAUCGAGCUCUCAGAUUUCCCCCAAGUGUUGCGGCUUUUUGACCGCAAGUGGGGUUGGGGAUAUGACAAGGUGUGGAGUGACAGCGUGUUCCCCUUGGAUCGCUACUGCGAUGGGAAGGUGUAUAAAACGUGGGGGGUGGACCGGGUGAGAGGCGCUCUCGUGGUGGUGCGGCCGGAUCAGUAUAUUGGAUGGACUGGGGAGUUGGAAGAUGUGGACGGACUGAGUGGCUACUUUGAUGGCAUCCUUCGGGAGCCGAAGUGUUGAGUAGUAUC